CCUGCUAAAAUUUUCCAAUUUCUAGGUGGAAAACUAUGUCAUCACUACGCCAAUCAUCAGCGACAUCACCAACGUCGCCGGUGGCCAGAAACGUGUAUUCGCGAGCGUCGGUCGACGUGGAAACCGGGGAAAUUCAGCAACAGCAGAAUAGUGGGCACAAAAGACCUUAUACACCGGGCGCUAGUCCCAGAGAAAUUCUGUGUGCACAACAAUCCCUUCGUCAAUUACCGUCACCGUCGCAAACUUCACCUCACGGGUCAAGAUUUAUGGAUGGAUAUCGACGACGAAUGAGGCAAGCAAGCCUAAACUUGCCAUCAGAGACGCUUUUAGAUGAAGAUCUCGGAUUCCCGCCGGUCUGCUCUCCGCCGCCAGAGGUUUUCUGUGGCUCAAUUGUUGGAAAUCAGAUGAGAAAUCGAUCGAAUUCGGAGGCUCAGCCUGGGCUUCGAAUGCGAUCUUCGCAUAGUCUUGGAAACGGCGGACUUUUAGUCUUUUUUCCGACUUCUCCGUCGUCUUCGUCGAAUAAUUCAGGUCACCUGCUACAACAUCGCCGAGAAAGUCACACGGACGAGACAGCUGAAGAAGCAAUAAUAUGGUCAACGAAUAAUGAUACAAGUGAUGAAAUGAUGGAUGAAACGAGUUGUUGUAUGGUGGCUGAUGAUAUUAGUAUGAAAGAUGUUGAAAUGCCAAGUCCGAUUAUUGGAGGAGCAGCUGGAGGAUCGAAAUCGCUGAAAAGACCGCCUGAUUUGAACGGCUCAAACAAUUCGGGCUCAUCGUCAUCGUCAAGCGGCGGAGCAAAUUCGGGUGUACAACAGAGCUCUGUUCAUCCAUCCAACUCAUAUUCACCACGUUCUCGUCCACUAUUCGUUGAUACUCAAAUGGCCAAUCAUUUACAGGAUUCAAAUAUGAAACGAAGAAGUCCAGUGUCACAGGUGGUGGAUUUUGUACGUGGAAGGAAUCGCACGUAUUCGCUUCAACUCUCGUCGAGCCCAAUGUGCUCACCACAAUCAGUUGCCGCGCGUGCAAGUGCCUCGUGUGACGGAUGCAAUGGACCUCCUCCUCCUCCUCAACCAAUCGGAAUGAGCCCAUCGGGACGUCGUCAAACGAUCAGUGGCCGAGUACAUCGGGCAUCGUUCACCGCUGGUGGAACGUUGAAAAGUUUCGAUUCGGGAUUGGAUCUCUCGUCGCCGACGAUCAAUCAUACGGCACUGCUAAUCAAAGAGGCAUCACUAUUCUCGUCGUUUGAUUCGAUGUCGAUUGGCACUGCGGUGCCGGAUAUUAACGCCAUCUUUUUCGAUAACCACGACGCUGUAUAUUCUUUAUUCAUGAAGGCUCACAAAUGCUACGAUCUUAUCCCGACAUCGUCCAAAUUAGUGGUAUUCGACACACAUUUGCCUGUUCGAAAGGCAUUCUACGCUCUGGUUUAUAACGGAGUACGUGCUGCACCACUAUGGGAUACCGAUAAUCAACGAUUCACCGGAAUGCUAACAAUUACGGAUUUUAUUAAGAUUUUGUGCAAGCACUACGACAAAGGAGACAACUCCGAGCGAAUCCGCGCGCUCGAAGAUCAACAAAUCAGCCAUUGGCGGGAUCAAUUCGAGUUGGACGGAACACUUCGACCAUUUGUAUAUAUUGAUCCAAAUGAGAGCCUCCAUAGAGCAGUUGAACUGCUGUGCGAGUCAAAAGUACACAGACUGCCGGUUUUGGAUCGAAAAACUGGAAAUAUUACAUAUAUAUUGACACAUAAGAGAAUUAUGAAGUUCUUAUCACUUUAUAUGCGUGAUCUACCUCGUCCAUCGUUCAUGUCGUGUACUCCACGUGAACUCGGAAUCGGUGCCUGGGGUGACAUUCUGUGUUGCCACGUGGAUACGCCGAUCCACGACGCUUUGGAGCUUUUCCUCAAGAAUCGAGUUUCGGCACUUCCGUUAAUUGAUGAAAAUGGACGAGUUGUUGAUAUUUAUGCAAAGUUUGAUGUGAUCAGUUUGGCCGCCGAAAGUUCAUAUGAUAAGCUGGAUUGUACAGUACAAGAGGCUCUGCAACAUCGAUCGGAGUGGUUCGAAGGAGUUCAGACAUGCCUGGAAACGGAUUCCCUGUUCCAAGUACUUGAAGCAAUUGUGAAGGCAGAAGUUCAUCGAUUGAUUGUGACUGAUCAGGAUAAGAAGGUCGUCGGAGUAGUCUCACUGUCUGAUAUUCUCAAAAAUCUCGUACUGGAUCCAUGCCAAAAGCCUCCACCACCACCACCACAAUCCCAACAAGCGGGUGGUGGUGGUCCACCAACUCGUAACGCAUCGGGUACAUCAACUGGCGGCGCUUCGUCCAGUGAUUCUCCACCACACAGUAUUCCAGAAGGUAUUGAAGUUGAAGAUGAUGAUGAUGAUGACGAAGAAGCUCCACCACCAUCAAUUGAUUGCUCAACACCGGGCCCGUCUUCUGCCGCAACGUAGAUAUUGAUUUUUCCCCCAAAAAAAGUUGUAAAUCCCCAUCAAGAACUUGUGAAUUUUUUCAAGAUUUGAAAAUUUAUCGUUAACGAUGAUUUAAAUGUGUGGCGAAAAAUGGCGAAUUCUAUUGAUUUUUUGGGUUUAAUGGUGUUAUUCAUGUGGUGCUGAAAAAGCAGACAUGUAUUUUAAUACAUCUCCCCCUAUUCAUUACGUGCCGAAAAAUGUAGAAAAAAAAAUGAUGUUUGCAUUUCUUUAAACAUCACAUAAGCCCAUAAGUAAAGAACUUUCUUGAAAAUUGGCCCGAAAAGAUGUACAUUUUGUACAGAUGUGUAUAUGUAUAUGUAUA